AUGCCUAUUCCCACGCGGUCCGGUUCACUGCGCGAACCCCGUAAACCUCUGCAGACCUCCAACAUAGCACGCCCUCUGAACCCUGCAUCGUCCAACGGCUACCCCAAAUCUUCCCGACCGGCAAAUGAUAUUACUCGUGCUCCCUCCUCUUCCUCGCCGGCCGACGGCAUCGCGAAAGACAAUGGAGGUUCCAACCAAGGCCGAACCCUUCUCCCACAGCGCAGUGGCAACCUCACGCGGGAUAAUGGCAGUGGACUGUCACGUACACGGGUUCAGCCGCCGGAGAACAAGCUGGCGCAGCGAAGAGACAUUUCGCCAACGAGAGAGCCGCAGACGGCCGGAGGAGAGAAACAGGGCCCGGUCACCACAACCACGAAGGCUUCAGUGCCCACUCGUCGCCAAAGUCUGAUACGCCCUAGCACAUCGAGACUAGCAUCGGCCACCAAACCCAAUGUAUCGUCCUUUGGGAAAGGCCCUGUCCCUACAUUUAGGCCACCGUCGCCGCGCAAAGCCCCAUUGCGGUCGCCGACGCAAUCCGCCUAUACUCCAAGGGCUCCCUCUCCCAAAAAGACCGAUAUGCCACCGCCACAACGCCCGGCGCGAUCGGCAUCACUCAGACAGCCCCCAAGGACUGGGCCCGCGCCAUCGGUAGCUGUCCGAGGCCACGCGCGACAUCGCAGCCAGGUGGUACCAUCCAAUGUGAAACCGAUCCAACCAGACCCAACGCCAGGAGCACAAAAGCCCCGAGCGCAAUUUUCAACAUUCCAACAGAACUAUUCACCCAAGAAACCAACCAAACCGCCUACACCUACCCCUGUGGCUGUUCCCGAGCCCGGCAACUUACUGAUCCCUACAUCUUGGCCGGACAUCGCAGCUCUACAGACAGAGCUCCUUCAGCUUAGCUUGUUCCAUUCGAACUCUCUUCAAAGACAUAAUGAUUGGAAAGCCGAAUCCGAGAGUCACUUGCGCAGCAAGUACGAUGGUGUCGCUGGGCAAUACCGCUCCAUGUUAGGAGACGAGAAGAUGCGCCAAUCCCAGCUGAAUGCGCAGGCUUUAAGCAGCUGGCUCCAGAAUUGUCAUGAUCAUCGUGGUCCUCUUGACUUUCCUGGGCAGAUCCAGACCCUCUCCCAGAUCUUACAGGAAAUCUCAGAUCUUGUGACCAGUGGAAUGAGCGGGCGGUAUAGUCACGCCGUCGAGACAUUUGAGCUAUGGUUUGAGCAAGCGAAAUUAGUUCGGCAUGACAGGGAGUACUCGGAGGAUGGUAUUAUGUUUAUUGACCCGCUUGAUCAAGCGUGGAAGGAAGAAAUGCAUGCUCUACAAGCAAAGUUGGAGCUAUGCCAGCGACAACUUCAGAGUCUUGACAUUCUAGGCUUUGGAGAGGUGGAGCGCUUGGAGCAUUCGGCUCUCACUCGAGUCUCCCAAAGCCUUGUUGAAUCCACCCAGCUUAUGAUCUAUGAGAUUAAUGCGAUGCGCACUCUCGAAGCGGAGUUGGUUCGCUCGGAACGAGAGGCAGUCCGCCAGCUCGUCCAGAAGCUGCCUAGCACACGAAACGUGGGCGUACUGCGUGUUGGAAUAUGGAACAGG